UCAAAUGCACGUUUUAUUUGUUUACAAUUUUGAAAGCAUGCUCCUACCACAACAAAGACCUCACCACGACAUAGCUGCGCUUUUUGCGGCCCAACCGGAAUUCCUCCGGGUGAGCGCCCCAAUGGUCCGCUACAGCAAACUGGAGUUUCGUCGCCUCGUCCGGCUCAACGGCGUGCAGUUGGCCUUCACGCCGAUGAUGAUUUCCGACUCCAUCAACAAUAGUGAAAAGGCGCGUCAGAACGAGUUUACCACGGGUCCGGACGACCAGCCUCUGGUGGCCCAGUUUGCGGCCAAGGAUGCCACCGAGUUCGUCACCUCGGCGCAGCUUAUUUACCCGUAUGUAGAUGGCAUCGAUCUCAACUGCGGAUGUCCCCAGAGCUGGGCCAUGGCGAAGGGCUAUGGCUGUGGUUUGCUUCGACAGCCGGAAGUUGUGCGUGAGGUGGUGCAGCAGGUACGACGUACGCUGCCCUCUGACUUUAGUGUCUCGGUGAAGAUGCGUCUACUAGGCGGUGAGAGUUCCCUGGAGCGGACCAUUGAGCUAGCGCGACAGCUUGAGCAAGCAGGAGCUACCUUCCUCACUCUUCACGGCCGGACACCGGCACAGAAGCACUCCAAGGAUACCCUGGACAUCGGUGCCAUGUCCGAGGUGCGUCAAUCACUGCGAAUUCCACUGAUAGUCAAUGGUAAUGUGGAGAGCUGGGCGGAUGCCUGUGAGCUGUCGGAGAAGACAGGUGCCGCCGGUGUGAUGGCUGCCCGUGGCUUGCUUGCCAAUCCAGCUCUCUUCAAUAGUGCGUAUCCGGAGGCCACUACUACUCCAUCAGCCUGUGUGCAGCAAUGGCUAGACAUCGCAGAAGCUGCAGGGGAAAACUUGCUGUUCCAGUGCUUCCACCACCACCUGACCUUCAUGUGGAGCGCCGACAUGAAGCGAUCUUUGCGAGUUCAGUUCAACAGCUUAGCCACAAAAUCGGAGGUUCUGGACUUCCUGGAUGAUCACUACAGUAUUCGUCCUUCCGGAAUAUCCCCGACACCAGCGAUAUACACCCCCUGUUCGUACACCCAUUUCACUCCACCGAAACAUGCCCGGCAUAUCGCCGCCGAAAACGAUGAGCAGGAGUGGAGUUCGAAGAGCGACGGCAAAUUCUUUACGGAAUUCCGAAAACACCAAUUGACUGGAACCGGUGGCGAAGACUUGGAACUGGGGGGUCUUUUUGGCGAGGAUGAGUAACUUCGAUUUCAAACUCCAGUAGUUUUAAAUUUCUGUCCUAAAGUUUGUAAAUAAUAAACACAAAUUAAGGCUUG